UUGAGCUGGCUGUGAGGAACAUCAUGCGUCUUAUCGUACUUUCUGGUUACUUGUCUCCUCGGGAGUGGGUCGUGUGUGGUGGACUGUGACUAUCCUACUGAAAACAUUAUUAGAGAUGUGAUAUCUCAAGUUUUCGUGGCUGGAGAGAAUGCCGUCACCCCUACCAUCACCUUGAACAUACACCGUAUUGUGUGCCUGGCCUACAGUCGGCAAAGAGAUCGCUAUAGAGCUUUCUCUGUUAUCGUUGAGUACACGUGUGAGGCAAAUGCGGGAUGUCCCGAGGGUAUGGUAGUAGAGCAGUUUGAAGCCGAGUGUGCCGGAAAUACUUGGGGCACUCGAGUUCUUGGUCUCACGGGAACUCCUCGGACAUCUCCUGCCACUGGUGGUUUCUCAACUGAUCUCAGAGAAGACUGUUCUUUCUGUGCGUCUCAAGAAGUCGCUAGUGCCGAAGGCGCUCCUGAUCCGGCCAGCGACGGGUCGCAUUGCAUUGAAUGUAACGCUCUAUGCAGUGGUGAAGAAGCUGGAGCUAGAAGAUGCUUUGGCUUUGGUUCUGACUCAUGCUGUCAGGUUUAUCUAUCUAAUGGCACAUGUGGCGAGGCCUGUCCGAAAGACGGUGUUUAUUCCAUCAGCGAUGACUUUAACUGCUUGAGAGACUGUCCUGAUAGCCUUGGCACAGUUGAGAAUGGAAGAGUGGAGUAUUCUCAGGAUGCUACAGGAGAAGGCUUCUCGUUGGGAACUACAGCUACCGUUGCAUGCAAUGAUAGGUAUGAGACAGAUGGGUAUGGCGCUAUCUGCAGCAACGCUGGUACAUGGAACUCCACCCUACCAAACUGCACCGUGAUUGAGUGUGGUGAAGUCCCAACUUUAGUGAACGGGAAAGUUUCAGGAGUACCAGCCACCACGGAGGUUGGAGCAGUAGCCACAUAUGAGUGUGACACUGACUACAGAUUCAAAGACGAAAGGAACACUAGGACUUGCCAAAAUGAUAAGACCUGGUCAAACGAAGAUCUUGAAUGCAUCAAAGGUAUAAAAUCACAUUAAUGUCAGUCCCAGAUUUUGUUAAAGUUGUUGCAAUGUGUCUUUUCAUGCAAAAUAUCUUGCUGUGUAUAUUUCUUCAGUUACCUGCCCCGAUAGUCUUGAUAUGGUGGAGAAUGGGGUAAUAAAAUAUUCCACCGAACGCCUUAUUGUGGAUAAUGAGACAAGCUACACCGUGGGAACCAAAGCUACUGUUUUCUGCCCUGGGUUCGAAAUCAUCUGUGAGGAAAAUGGGAGUUGGAGUACCAUUGAGCUUACUUGUGAGAAAGCAGCAGACAGAUCUGAGAUUGGAGUGCAAAAUGGUCUCACACUACGGGAGAAGGUCUUGUUAGCUGUGACUGUGGUCUUUGGUGCUUUGCUCAUAGCUCUAGCAGUGACAGUGGUGGUUCUCGGGCUGAAGCUGUCAAAAAAGAACUCAAGGUCAUCACAUGCAAGCAAGAAUGACAAGAUUGAAAUGGAUGAAAACUGUGCCUAUGCGACUUCAACUGAAGCCGUCAACAGAAUAUAUGCUGAAGUCAACUGACAAACGUAACCUCAACGAACACUAUUGCCUUCCUUUUUUUAGUGUGAAUGCCAGGAAAACUAGACUAGCUAGCUAUGGUCCACAAACAUUAUUGCCUUGUUUUUUUGUGUGUGAAUGCCAGGAAAACUAGACUAUGCUGUAUAUGUUUCAUUUUCCUUCGCCUACUGUA